AUGUUUACUUACUGUCACUCUGCUGCUGUCCUUGUUGUGUUAGUGUAUGUUAACGAUAUUAUCUUAACUGGCAGUAGCUCCUCCUCCAUGACCAAGGUCCUCUCUGAUCUUGGUUCUCACUUUGCUAUUAAGGACUUGGGUCAGUUGCACUAUUUCUUGGGUAUCCAGGUCCAUUAUUCUACUUCUGGUCUUCAUUUAACUCAGCACAAAUAUAUACAAGAUCUUUUGCAUCGUGUUGAGUUGUUGGACUCUAAGGUCUUUCACACCCCUAUGACCACAGCUACUGUUCUCUUUGCUCAUGAUGGCACACCUUUGCCUGAUGGCACUCAAUACAGGAGCAUUGUGGGUGCUCUUCAGUACUGCACAUUGACACGCCCCGAUAUCUCCUUUGCUGUGAACCGGGUUUUCCAAUAUAUGCAUUCUCCUUCCGAUACACAUUGGCAAGCCGUCAAAUGCAUUUUGCGUUAUCUCAAAGGCACGGCUCACCAUGGAUUACUGCUUCAGCCAUGUUCCGAUUUCAAUCUCUUAUGCUACAUUGAUGCCGCUUGGGCCUCCUGUCCCGAUGAUCGACGAAGUAUUGGUGCGUAUUGUAUUUUUCUGGGACAUAAUCUUAUUUCCUGGUCUUCCUCCAAGCAGCGUGUGGUGUCUAGAUCUAGCACGGAGUCCGAAUUCCGCGCUUUUGCCGACAGUGUUGCCGAGCUUUCCUGGGUUAAGUUUCUUCUACGUGAUCUUUGUAUGCAACAACGUUAUGCUCCUCUUCUUCUCUGUGAUAACAUCAGCACUACAUACCUCACCGCCAACCCCAUCCUUCAUGCUCGUACUAAACAUGUUGAUAUUAAUUUUCAUUUCAUACGUGAAUGUGUUUAG